CAGCGGGGUGUCACUCACUCUGCGUCUCGCUCGCUCUCUGCCCGGGUUAAUCUUUUCUUCUGAAGUGGGGAUGACAAUGGCCGAGUGUUAAAAGCACCAUGGCCGCUCAAAGGAAUCUGGGGGAACUACGUGAAGUUAUGUGCAACAAGUCUGGAGAUUGUCUACUCAGCUGUCUAGACCACAGAGGAGCACUUUUAUGCAACACGUUUGGAGAAGUUUGGAAGAGGAACUAAACUGGAUUUUUAGUGUUUGUUUUUGAGACAUGGCUCUGUCCCAGUUACAGUGCCUGGACGAUAACCACGUGAACCAUCGGACCAACGAGUCCAAACCGGAGUUCUUGUACAGCGAAGACCAGCGGCUCGCGCUCGAGGCUUUCCUUCGUGAUGGUCGCGAGGCGUUUUUUAAGUACCUGGGGGCUCGCGGCCUGCGCGGCUUUCUGUCGGACCUGGAGUUGGACUCUCUCGCGGAGACGGUGGAGCCCUAUGACCCGGGUACAGACAUCUUUCCGGAGGAUGCAGGGGAAGAUCAGACAGCGCUGUCUCUGCACUACUGGCCCGAGUUGUCGGAUAGGUCCAUCCCACAGAUGGACCUGGGGUGGCCGGACUGCGCCUCUUACCGGGGGGUUACACGCACAUCCGUGUACACGCAGCCACCCCUGGACGAUCAGGCUCACAUCAAGGAGGUCAUCAGGAAAAUGAUUGCGCAGGCGCAAAAGGUUAUAGCAGUAGUGAUGGAUGUGUUUACUGAUGUUGACAUCUUCAGGGAUUUGCUCGAUGCCAGUUUCAAGAGGAAAGUUUCUGUCUACAUCCUUUUGGAAAGCUCAACACUACCUCAUUUCCGGUCCAUGUGUCAGAGGGCACAAAUGCAUGCCGGACACUUCAAGAACCUCCGGGUACGCUGCACAGAUGGAGCAGAGUUCUACACCCGGUCCUGCACUAAGAUCAGAGGGCGAAUGGGACACAGGUUCAUGUUCAUCGAUGGAGACAAAGCUGUGUCUGGAUCCUACAGUUUCACAUGGUCGUCAUCGAGGCUGGACAGAAAUCUCAUCUCCGUGAUUACAGGCCAGGCAGUGGAGACCUUCGACAAGCUGUUUCGAGUCCUCUAUGCGACCUCCCACUCAGUAGACCUCCGUAAGGACGCCACAGAGCCUGAACCUGAAGCGGAGCCCAUCCCAGCACCUGCCGCAGUCGUCCCUCCGUCUGCUGAGAUGGUUAGGAAACUGUACAGCGCCAAAUAUGCCCUGGUUGCUUUGGGCAACCCAAACACAACUCCUCCUCCAGAGCCCAAAAAUUCAGACGACUCCAAGAACCAGGGAACCAAAAAGCGUGGGGGGAAAGGGGCUAAUAAAGAAGCCACACAGGACGCUCCGCCCACACACCCCGGACUCAUAGAUCUAGAAAAAGCAUGCAUGAUGUCAUACCUACCCACCUGGCCAGAGCCAGAUCCGGCCAGUGAUGUCAUUGGGUUCAUUAACAUCCGUGAUAACAGAAAACAAAAUCAGGUCCAUCUACAGAGGUCGGAGAUGUAUGAAACCAGCCAAGCAAUCAGGUUCAGCAGUCCCUUCAGCAAGGCAAAAGAAAUCCUGCCGAGGUCGCUACGCCGAGAGACUUUACGAUUAAACAGAAGGAAGUGAAUGAACUCCAGCCGGCACAAGAAAAAACGAAGGCUAAAGAGGCGGCGGUAGAUGUAGCCCCGCCAACUAAACCCAACAAAGGUCCUAGUGAGAUCAAAAGUAAAACAGAGGAACCUGUCAAGAAAUUACCUGCAGCCGUACCACAGUCUAAGUCCAACAAAAACACUACGACCAAUCACAACAAGCAUUCGAACACCUCCCCCAAACAAGAUGCAGGCCACAACAACACACCUCAACUCAAAGCACUAACUUCUCCCCAAUCCAGAAGCGAAACAUCCCCUCCUGACACUAAAGGAUCUACACACACCACGCAAACUGUCACCACCCUCUCUGAGUCAAACACUAAAACAGAAGUUGACAGUAUUUCAAACGGACAAGAGGAGGUUGGGAGCAGGACACGAGCCCUGGAGGCGAGCUGUACACAAGACUCACACCUGCAUAGUCCUACUGACGUGAUCUCAAACACAGAACCACACACACAAUCAAAGACACAUACAGACUCACAAUCGCAGGCUGAUCACACACAGUCACAAAACUCCUCUGAAAUAGCUCCUAUCAUCCAGACUCCCACCACCAACAGCCACAAGCCUUCCCCACAGUCUGUCAGUUCAACCCCCCUCUCUGGAAACAGUCCCGUCUCCAUCACUACAAGCAAGAAUCCCGGUUACUGCUCUCCUUUAACCACUGUUAGCUCUUCCUCCAUUCCUGCUCUCACCUCUUCUUCUACAACUCUCAAUCCUGCCCUCCCUUUGUCCUCAGCAUCCCCAUCUGCGGCUUCAACACCACCCAUUCCUAAACCUCGUACUGUCCAGCUGGUUAUCAAGGGCGACGUCACCGACAAUGGCCAGAAAAUCCAAGAGGUCAGAGUUGUCCCGAUAGCCGAGAAAAGCACAACACCAGUAAUGGUCCUAAAUGAACCUGCUGUAGCAACAACGGUGCAAACAUCGCCUGAAAAAGUGGCUGAGAUAGUCCAAGAACUGCAGAACGGCAGCCAAGGCGAGACAGGGGCGCAGAAAACUGCAAUGGACAUUUUAAAUGUGGUAGAAGCACCACAACAAAAGUGGAGUGUGAUUUCCCAAGAACCAAAGAAUGAGGAAGAUGUUGGAGGAGAUGACAGAGCAGGAAUGCAAUUGAUAGCCGGACACAAAGCCGAGUCGGACUCUUUGAAGGUGCCAACACACACUGAUGGCACACAUGCAGGUACACACAGUCAGCAAGGUAAUCCAAGUUUGACACCUGAACACCCCGCAGACAGUACACCAGAUACUGCCAAACAUAACACAACACACAACAACAUCCAACCAAAACCUUCUAAAGCACCAGGAGGCACACACACACCUGAAAAACCCCUGCGAUUACAUCUCUCGGAAAUACACACUCCAGACUUGCUUUCGCCGACAUCCGAGAGAGAAUUGCGUUCCCUCACGGCUCUGACCCGCAGUCCCACUCCGGAUGGAUUUCUUCCACGUUCGCCCACCCCAGAUUUCCGAACGCCUACCUCGGAUUUUCGCACAUACACUACAGACUUUCAAACGCCAACACCUGAUGGUUAUAUAUCACCAAGCACUGACUCCGCUCCUUCAACCACUUCAGAUGAGUUUUACGAAUGUUGUGAGAGCCCUUUCCAAGAGCCUGUCCUUGAGCAAUUAGCUCCCCUGAACCAUGUGAUGACAGAGGAGCAUAUUAGCUUAGCACACACAAAUAAUGCUAAUGCUACCAGUCCUGUAUACAUAAAUUCUAACUCUCUUGCUGGUACAUUAGGCAGUAUAGACAUGAAUACCUUUAGUAGUGAAACAGAGAGUUUAUCUGAGCAUGAGGAAGAAAAGGUGAGGAAGCUGAGCGAGGAGGCUAAGAGAAAAGCUAACCAUUUAAAAGAUGUUAAAGAGACAGGCGACAUAAACAAGGAGGCGCAACCUCAAGCGCCGAAGAAAAAGAAGGUGCUCAUUGAAUCAGCAGCAGAGAGACAGGUCAAAGGAGGAAGGACCACAGAUGACCUUCAACUAACGAAGGGAUUCUCUGAGGGAAAGAGGCCGGACACAGAGAAGGCCGGAGACAACGUGGAGAGGAUGAACAGGCCUCAGGCGACUGACGGACAAAAGCGAACAACAGUGACAUAAAAGCUUUUGCAUGCUUCUCCCAACCCUCCACGAGGACAGCAGCAGGACAGAGAAGCGUCCUCCUCCUUCCCACCACCGCGACCCUCUCGAGCCCUCUCACCCAACUGGGCUAAAGGGCCCAGGGAGAGCCGCCAGCAGAACGAGGCAGAAAGCAAGGUGCUCCCUGGUAAUGCCAUCUUUCCUCAUAGACCGCCAUCCAGACCGCCUCCUCCUGUGAAUGCGGGUGCUGUCGGAACCAGGCAGAAGCAGGCUGUAGUCUCCCAAAGCCAGCAGAGCUUCUUCUCUCGACAGCUUUCAGCAGCGCAGGACAGAACGAGAGCUGGACAGAUGCAGAAUCAACACGCUUACCCAAAACCCCAAACCUCCUUUCUCCUCCCACAGUCUCACAGAGGGCUGCAACUUCAUACUCAGUCCCAGAACCAGGCGGGAUCACUGCAGGAGGCACAUUGGCAGGAGGAAGGAAAAAAUCCAUUUAGUGUCACUUUCAGCAGGCUGUACAGCCUUAAGGGCCUGAAGGAGAAGAUGAGCCGGCUGCCAGCGCAGAGCAAGAGAGGCAGCGGCAGCGCUUAUGGACAGAGACACAAUAGCACAAGCUAGUCUGCUACCAUCAGUCUUACUGUAGCACAUCAGGCCAAAUAAAUUAAGAUACACCUCCAAAACAAAGCUUGCCUUGACACGGUAUGUGUUCUGUGAAAGCAAAAAGAGAAUUAACAGAGCGAGCUUUUCUACCUUACACGUUGAACUGAACUUUGAACUUUGACCCAUGACUCACGGUGUUGACCGGCUGCUGUCUCGUCAGACGGAGGAUGCACUUUAAGUUGUUUUCCACGUGGCAGUAUGAAACCACUCCUACGCAUGAUGUUUUGCUCAUUAUAAGACCAAACAAAGUGUGAUUGGAUAAGUAGUUUUCCUUUUCCUUUGAAUUCUUCUUUCUACUGUUCUGCAUCUUAAACUUGAAACGUACUUUUCAUGUUGAACAUCCAGCUGCCUUUUCUGAGUAACUACAUUCGUUGAGGUUCUGACCUCUGAUAUUAUGAAUGGACUGCACUUCUGGAGUUAUCACAUGGUUUGCAAUGGUUUUAUGGUCUUUUUCACCCAGGGCUCCCUAGUUAUUGAACAACUUUAUAAUUGAGUUGUAUGUAAAAAACAGAGCGUGAAAAUGUAAAUACUAAAUGCUUAAAUUGUUUGAGUUACCACCAAAAACAUAAUAUAUUUAAAAGUAUUUCACUUAACAUAAAACUGCUGCUUUUCCUCCAUUAUCUGUACAUAAACUGUGGAUCACACACAAAAGAAAAAGUUGUUUCCAUGAUCUCUGAAACAUUUGAAGCUAAACAUCAUAAAUCUCCGCUUGCUUUCUCUAUUGCUUUGUCAUUUCAUUCAGAAAUCUUUUGAAUGUGGUGGAUUGUCUUUCCUUACAGUAGGAUAGUUUGUGAAUGUGUGCUUCCAAUAUUAAGUAACCGGGAGUGUAUUGAAAUAUGUUCUAUGACAUGUUUAAUGUGCACACAUUCUGUAUUUACAGAUGUACUUGUACUUUGUGUGAUUCUGAACAAUGCUGGAAACCAUUGAAUGUCACACAGAGAUUUACUAUUUGCUACAAUUGCUUUCCGUUCUGAUGGCAGUAAAAUCAUUUGAAUGGCUCUCCUCAUGACAGUAGCUGUUUAUACUGUGAGUGAGUGGGAGCAUUUUUCCCACAUUUGUAUUGUUAAAGUUCAAGAGUGUUUGUGGUACAAAUUUGAAUUAAAAAACGUGUGAUGCAGA